GUUAUUAAAAUGCAAUCAGCUGCAAAGCCAGCAUCUGUGACUUUGUUGUCUUACUAUGAAUAAAUCUUCACAGCACUUCCUAUUGUCCUUAAGCUCAGUACAAGAAAUCAUCUCCAAGCAAUAUUUUCUUCAGGCGAUAUUCAAGGUUCAUCAAAAGCAGAUCGAUGGGUUGUCAUGGAACAGAGCUAUGGAUGAAGUUCGCGUCGAGAAGCUGAUAAAAAAAUUUAAGGACAGUGGGGAAAUGGGCAGUGAGGACCCAGCUUUGGUGAUGUUAAAACGGUGGCCAGCAACUGAACAAUACAGAAAUAAUCCCGAUAAAAAUCGUGGACUUGAGCAACUGAUAAAUCGGUGGUUGGAGAUUCUUUUAGAAAGUGAACUAAACUCUGAGAACAGAUACGAAGCGUUCCAAGAUGAAAAUGACAAAACAAGAAAGACCCUGAUGCACUAUGCAGCAGAACUUGGCUAUUUACACGUCGCAAAAACGCUUGCGAGGAAAUGUCCUCAGCUGCUUACCAUGAAGACAGAAGAUCAACUUCAACCUGUGGAAAAAAGAGCCAUGUUACCAGUGGAAUUGGCAAUAGCAGCAGAAAAUGAUGAUGUGGCAGCAUUCAUGGUUAGAGUUAUGGAGUAUGAAAGGGUGCACAGUUUAUUUUGCUGGAAACAAGGAAAUAUGACAAAUCCUUUACCAUCCUUCUUUGGCUUCAGGGCAAUCAUUGAAAAUCCUAGAAUGAAGAAAACAGUAGUGGCUGUAUUAGACCAGAUGGUGAACCCUCACUGGCCAUAUCUCCCACAGCGCCAAGAAAACUAUGAAACUGAAGAAGAGAGAGAAGCAAUUGAAGGAGUCUGGAAAACAAUCUCUGAUGAUCCAUUGAGCUACCAUUUUUAUUAUCAUAUUUUGGAUGGAGAUGAGGAAGGUCGUCCCCCGAAGAUUUUGGCAUCAGAUGGACGCAUCCCAAUAGAAAACAAACAUUUCAACUGGAAAGACAAGUCUUGUUUACAUGCCAUAGCAAAGAGCAAGAAUAAAGAGGCUUUACAACAUCCUGUGGUCAGAAUGUUGGUUAAAUCAAAAUGGAGAAGCUAUGGACACUUGUUUCUUAGCCUUCAAGCAGCAUUUCUUUGCAUCUUCUUGCUGUGCAUGUCAUUUUCUCUGCUGCAUGCGUCUAUCAGACUAGACCCCACCCGGUACAGUGAUGUGCUGGACUCACUGCGUGGACUUUGUGAAGUUGUCACUCUUCUUAUAGUUGGUUUUUACAUCUGUGAGGAAAUAAAUCAGAUAAGAAUAGAAAGGCGUUUGUAUUUCACAGAGUGGACGACUCUGUUUGACUGGUUAGGCCUGCUGUUGAUCCUGUGUAUAAUACCGCUACGAUACAUGGAUCAUAAAGCUCAGUGGAUGGUGACAUCUUUGGCCUUCUUUUUCAAUUUUAUGAGGAUCUUUAAGUUUUCAUGCGUGUCAAGGACUACAGGAUUAUACACUAAAACCUUGGCCAAAAUCAUAUUACAUGACGUCACACGAUCCAUGGCAGUUUUUGAUGUGAUCUUUUUCUCUUUCUGUGGGGCAUUGACUUUAUCACUCUGUUACUCUGGAUCUAGGGAAAACCAAGAACUUCGGUGCGUUUCUGUUGAUGGUUUUGGAGACGUCUUGUUGAGCGGAUUUCAAGCACUGUCUGAUCAGUAUCCAAUGGCUGAAGACUACUCAACUUUCAACUGGCUGUCAGUUCUGCUGAUGAUGGCGUACAUGGGGACAGUGACUGUAAUUCUACUCAACAUUCUCAUUGCACAAAUGAGCACGACCUACACUCAGGCCAAGAAAGUCGCUCGCCUUGAAUAUGAUGUGGAUCGGAUUUUACAACUCACUCGCAUGGAGAGAUUUCCUUUUCUGAAUUUGCGUGUGAAGUAUUACAAGGAGGGAGACUGGAUCAGUGAAAUGAAUCUCGCAAAAGAGCUUCUUGAGUUCAGUGAAGAUCGGAAUCCGUGGGAGUCAGUCGAAGAAAAACUUAGUGCGAUCAGGUGA